CAUCAAAUAUAUGUAUAUUCCUCUGUUUCAGCAACAAUUGGUAGAUUUGAAAGGGGUACACAGAAUCUCUGAAUGUCUCCCCUAUGUGGAAGCUAGGUAGUAAAUUGCAACAGCACUAGGUUGCAUUCAAAAGACAUUUCCCCGUAACGUGGCGGAGACUCACGCUUGAACAUUUUACUUUCGGUUUUGGUCCACCAGCUUCAAACGGUUGUAAAAAUGUUAUUUUUGUUAUUGAAAAUAUAUUUCACAGCGAUUUUAAUGGUACAAGGAUUCCUUACACGAUUCAGUAUUUGAUUUCUCACAAACUGAAAUUGAGUUAACUGUAGAAUUUAACAACCAGGAAAUGAGCGGGCUGCUUGACUCGAUUUCCACUAGAUAACUCAAUCACAAAAUACAAUAUAAUGCAAAAAAUAUAUAUAUAAUCCUAUGUGUAGCUCCUUUAAAAAUAGUCAGAUUUUGUAGAUUAUUUAGAUUUAGUAAGUAACGUUAUUUAUGACUCAAAUUCUACAACCCAUGCUGGAAUAUUCGCGUACAUAGAAUUAUAAUGGUGAGAAAAGUGUACAAUAGUAGGCUAUACCCUCAUUUAUUGCCGGCAGUAACCAUGGAACUGUGUGAUGACGGGCAAAAUAUUGUGCCAUGAGUCGGGUUCUGUUACGGUUUGGUCUGCGUUCCGCUCCAUAACGAUUUAAAAAGCCUACAUGUCUUUCAAAAACAUAUAUUAUCAACUGUUACUAAUCCUCAGCAACAACCACACGGCCGUGACGGUGUUUACAGAGGAAGCAAAUUAAGAUGAACAGGAGUGGAUACUGGAGCCUCUGUGUUUCCCUGAGCAGCCUGCUACAGACAUCGGCACCAACUCAUCCUCUCAUCAUGACAUGGAGGUGGUGACCUGUGUGCUCUGCUCUCACUCCGCCCCUUUGUCAGAGAAGGACCGCCUCCUAAAGCACCUAGUACUGGUGCACAAGCUGGUCAUCGCUGAUGUCAAACUCAUCGCUGACUUUCCUAAAUACAUGGAAUACUGGAAGAACAGAAUCUCUGAGAAACCCAUCACAGAUUUCUGCAGUGUGAUCAAGACUAACUCGCAGGGCCCUGUUGAAAAACAGGAGCACUACUUUCUUCUGUGCGAUGUCCUGCCAGAGGACAGGGUCCUCAGAGAACAUCUCCAACAGAAACGACUGGAGGAGAUCCUGGAGCAGCAGCAGAGGGAGAGGGAUGACAACAGCUUCCAUCGCAUCUGCAUGUUCUGCAAUGAUGAGUUCAAUGGGAACAGGUCGUCACUGCUCAACCACAUGGCCAGGGAGCACUCGUUCAGCGUGGGACUGCCUGACAACAUAGUGUACUGUGUAGAGUUCCUUGACCACCUGCAGAGCAAACUGGAUAAUCUGCAGUGCCUGUAUUGUGAGAGAACAUUCAGGGACAAGACGACACUGAAGGAUCACAUGAGAAAGAAACAGCACCGCAGAAUCAAUGGCAACAACAGCGAGUAUGACUGCUUCUACAUUAUCAACUACCUGGAGCUGGGGAAAACAUGGGAAGAGGUCCAAUCUGAGGAUGAUCGGGAGAUGGAGGAUGAAGAUGAUGAUUGGUCAGACUGGCAGGCUCACCCAGUGUGUGCUGUGUGCCUGUUCUGUGAGCAGCAGUCAGAGAGCAUGGAGAAGAUCUACACACACAUGGAGGAAACCCACGGAUUUGAUCUGCACAAGUUGAAGACCGAACUCGAUCUGCGGUUCUACCAGCAGGUCAAACUGGUAAACUACAUCAGACGAGAGAUCCACCAUUGCCGUUGCUAUGGUUGCCAGGAAAAGUUUGGGUCCAAACCUGAGGUUAUACGUCAUGUAAUGGAGGCAGGUCACGUGAUGCAGCUACCAGAGACGUCAACCUGGGACCAACCACAGUAUUACUUCCCCACCUAUGAGAACGACGCCCUCCUCUGUGCCUUGUCGGACAGUGACAGUGAAUCAGAACACACAGGCCCUUGGAGAGACGUCCCUGUCAUAGCUGAGGACAUCUCUAACCUGAAAGUCCUGAAGCAGACCAGCGUCCUCAGCCACCUUCUGAAGAACACAGACAGCUCUUGUUAAAAAGCUGGAUGGAUGGACCAAUGAUGUAAUAAACUCAGGGGAGAACGGCUCAUAGAGGGACACAGUGCAACAACUUCUCGCUUCGCUGUAUCUCCAACAAGAAGGUGAUGCCCAUCAGACACUGUGCACUUAGCAGACCAGCACACAUGUGCAGAAAUGAACAUGGCCUGUUUCACAAUAAUUUCCUGAGCCUGGACUACAUUUAUGUAUUAUUUAAUGUCAUACUUGGUACAAAUCACAAUGUACAACAUACCUGCAGGUGGAUUUGUUUCAUAUAGUAUGACUGCUGACAAACGUGACCUCACUGCAGAGAUGUGACAAUUGCUAAAUGUAAAUAAACACUGAAUAUACUAUAA